CACACUCUUGAUGCUGAUCGAUCCCAACGAGCGGCUGCUGAAUCGUCCAACUGGGUUGUCGAUGCGAUGUCACACCAAAAAGGCGGGGCAUACGAGGGAUCAUCGCAUCGUCGCAACCCAACAUGCCCACCCACUCCAACGAGCAAUUUGCUGCCUUGACCACAUACUCACGCCCAUAGUCAACGUUUCCUUCGGGAAUAAUAAACGGACGGGACAGUAAACGCACGGGAUUCACGAGAAACAACGCGCUUCCUGAUCUUGCGACACUCUGCUACUUCAUAAAUCCCGAGCCUCGAGAAUCUCGCUCCGUCACGAUACGAAUUCAAUCGGCAGCUCUCGGUAUCCAUCCACUAUCCGCUCGAUCACCUUGCGAAAGUCCGCACGAGACGAACCUACGAUGUCCGCCACAUAUCCGGACGAAUGCCGAGCCCCACCACUCAAGAAGCAACUCGAUGAUACCAGAAAAGCGAAAUUGAAGCAGGUAGGGCAUGUCAAGUCAGCGCCUGGAUAUGACCCCGUUUUCUUUCCGCGCGAUGUGAUCGAGGAAGUCUUGAGCAGAGACAAAGUCGAAUUUGUUCUGAGUUGUCCUUGCAACUGGUGCGAGAAGGAUGAGGGGAGCAUAUUUCGACACUUUAAUUGCGGAAAACGGAUCGAUUACAUCGAUUUCGUUACGAACAGAGCCUUGAGAUUAUUUGCGCUCCUGGUCUAUGUUGGGCUUCCAGCUCUCAUUGUGGGCUUUUUGAGAACAGCUGACGCAAUCCUGGACGAAGAUCUGGAUAUGGAACGGCUCAAGAAGACGCACUUGAAGGGCUUCGAGCGCAUAAAUAGCGUACCACUCACGGCGUUUACCGGUCUGCUUGACCUGUUUUUAAUCCAUCGGCAUGAAUUUUCCCCGCCUGUCCUUGAAGGGGGAUGGUCUGAGCAGUGGGAUCCGAAGAAGGCUCUUCCGUUCAUCAACACUCGGUUUGUUGGAAAAGGCGGCUAUGGCACGGUUUAUUCCUUCCAGAUCUAUCCCGGCUAUGAGAAGUUCAAGUUCGAAGUUUCGACAGGGUUUGCCAUGAAGGAAGUGGGCUUGCCUGCACAGUCGGGGUCCAUGAAUGCCGAGGCAGAGACUCUCACGAAGAUUCGGGAGGAGCUCGGAGACGAGAAGCACAUCAUCAAGGUGCUGAAGAUAUUCCGCCGCGGUGACAAGCUACACUUCAUAUUCCCAUUAGCGCGUGGGAAUCUGGAAAAGUUCAUGGAAGAGCCAUGGAAACAUCAGCCCAAUACCUGCGACUCGAUAUGCCAGAACACUAUAUGGGACGAGGCCGUUGGCAUGCUGAAGGCUUUGGCCAAGUUUCAUCGACCACCGGGCAUGACCAGUUGGAGAGGGUAUCACGCAGACAUAAAACCUACGAAUAUCCUGGUUUUUGAUGACGGCACGAUGGUUAUAACUGAUUUCGGCCAGGCAUUGAUCGCGCAGAAGCGAAGUUCCGAAAAGACACGAAGGAUUCUUCAACGGCCUGGAGAACAAGCUUACCGCCCUCCCGAGAACUCCAAGGAAAGUUUCAUGGGUCCUGAAUACGAUGACUGGGCGAUGGGCUGUGUCCUCCUCGAGAUUCUUGUCUUCGCCAUCAAAGGUCCUAGAGGUGUCUGGGAACUCAAGAAUGCAAGACAGAAGACUCAGUACCCAACCGAUUACUAUUACCAAGUCAGGGAUGAUCAGCGCUUUAUCCAUCCAGAAGUUGAAGAACUGCUGGGAGGAUUAGCGAGCGAGGUGGCGAGCUGGUCGGUGGAUGUUAAGUUUACGGUAGCCGCAUUGGAGAUUGUGAAAUCCAUGUUGAGAAUCAAUCACAAAACGCGUAUGGACUCCGGCGAAGCAGCAUCCCAGCUACGAGAGAAACUCAAUUACUGGAGAAACCAAGCAAAUAGAGGUAGACGGACCAGCUCCAACAGGAGUGGUCCUGCUUGCCCCGAAACUUCUUGGCCUCCCAAUGCCGACCAGAGGCUAUCAAAACAAUUGUAAGACAACCAGAUAUAUUAGACAUCGAGACAUUGCUGAUCACAGCGUAGUAGGGG